GUAGUUGUGUUGCUUUAAUCUACAGAGAUAACCCACCCUUUACUUUCUUUCUUUCCCCCACUCCCACACAGCUGCAGGCCGGAAGAGAUAAAGAUAGAGAGAGAGAGAGAGAAAGAUAUGUCUUCUAGCUCUACCACAUCCCAAGCCAUGCUCAAUCAAAUCUUAUUUCAAGAUGUGGCAUCUUCAUCUUCAUCCCUUUUCUGUGUUUCUUCAAACAAUAAUAAUAUUACUGGGACUGGGACUGGGACUGCUCUUCCAUUUGAGUCUCUUAAAACCCUCAUCACACCCAUGCCUACCUCUCUUGCAUCACUGCUCCCUCCCCUUGUUGAAUCAUCAUCACCUAAUUCUACUUCAGCUUUUCAUCAAACACAAACACUACUACAACAACAUCAAGACCUCUCUCCCCUCUUUGGACCACCCCAUCAUCAUCAACUCCUCUCUUUGCACAGAUCCGCACCAAACUUAUGGGCAUGGGGAGAAGUGAAUGAGUGCAUGAUGAGAAGCAAGAGAAGUGGGUUAGUGGUGGAUGAUCAUCGUCAUCAUCACCUGGGGGUUUCAGCAGUGAAGAUGAAGAAGAUGAGCAAGUCAAGAAGGAAGGUGAGAGAGCCAAGGUUCAGCUUCAAGACCAUGAGUGAUGUUGAUGUGUUGGAUGAUGGCUAUAAAUGGAGAAAAUAUGGCCAGAAAGUUGUCAAAAACACCCAACAUCCCAGGAGCUAUUACCGUUGCACGCAAGAUAACUGUCGGGUGAAGAAACGUGUGGAAAGGCUAGCGGAGGAUCCGAGAAUGGUGAUAACAACGUACGAAGGGCGACAUGUGCACUCCCCAUCCCACGACGACGACGAUUCACAAGCUUCAUCUCAAGCCAACGAUCUCCUCUGGUAAUAUAUAUAUAGCCACCCAGAUCACAUACACCUAGCUUUGCUUCGCUGGUUUCCUAUGUAUAGACGCCUACUAUUACUAUUACUAAUAAUAAUAUAUACACUCCUACUACCUAGUACCUACCUCUUUUCACUUUUCAAUACUUACUAAGAUCUCAUCUUCUUGAUUGAAUGAAUAUUGAUUGUGUGUUUUUACUUUUAUUUUUACAUUUUAGAUUGAGAUUGACAUGGGCAUAUAUAUUUGGUCCUUGUUUUAUUGGGCCUUCUGUAUUAAUUAAGGAUUACCAGAUUAUUAUGA